AUCUUCCAUUCUCUUGCGAUACCUGGCGGCGCCAGGUGCUCCGGUAGUUACUCUUGUUUACCCUCGUUUUUUUUUUGGCAUGUUGCACGCAGUAUUAUAAAACGACGACAUAUCAUCGCGUAACGAUCCGAGCCGAUAUUUUAGUUCGCGUGUUUCAGGCAAGUCAAUUAAACUCCGGAAAGAGAAUCGCCUUUGUAUAUUACGUAAAUCGUGGUGCACAAGGGGGUACGGAGUUUUCGCGCGACGUCGAGUGGUCGAGUCCGGGAACGCUGCUGCGAGCAUUUACUUCGAUCGAGUUUGUUUCUUACUCCAAUAAAGAGGUCGAAGAUGUGCUGCAAGAGCGGAGGGGAAAAUUAGCACGAGGAACGGUGACGAAGCGCGGCGACACUCGAGAGAUAGGAUGGUCUUGCAAAAGAUCAGCUAUGACUUCGUUAAGGGUUUCCGACAUGUGCAUGCGAGAACGAGCGAGUCUUGCGGCAACAAGAGCUUCCACAAGAGAUUUUACGUGGCAUUACCACGUCUCACGCCACAAGAGGUCACGAACGUCUUGCAAGCCAACGAGUAUACCAAAGAAUUUUCAAACUCAGGUGCCAUAAAAUAUUACGACUCUAAUCAAUUGGCAUCUAACAAUCCUAUAGAAGACAUGAGAUCUGAGGCUCAAUGUUUGCUGACUAAAGGUGUGUUAUUGGGAGUUUUUGACGGUCAUGGCGGUGGUGCCUGUGCACAAGUGGUAUCAAAAAGACUGUUUCAUUAUAUAUCGGCGUGUUUGUUGCCACAGAACUUGUUGGAACAAUAUUUGAAUUCUUUUGGCACUGACAAGAGCUUGAAUUUACUCGAAACUUUUAGUGAUAAAGUAGAAUUUGUAACAGAGAUCAAAGAUCUCUAUCAAGCUAGUUUCUUAAGUUUCGUACGGGACUUGGUGCAAUCGAAUACCAAAAAGGAUUUUCAAAUGGAAAAGGCUUUGGAAAAUGCUUUUCUCCGAUUAGACAAUGAUUUAGCGAGCGAAGCUCUGUUGCAACUAAAUAAGAAGGUUGCUGCGAGAACUCUGGCAGUCGCAAUGUCAGGCACAGUAGCUGCUGUCGCACAUAUAGACGGCCCUCAUCUGCAUGUCGCUGGUGUUGGCGAUUGUAAGGCCGUCUUAGGAGUACUCUCAGAUGAUGGAUGGUCAGCUAAACUGAUGACCGUAGAGCAUAACGCUGAUAAUCGCGAGGAGGUAGAAAGAAUCUUGUCAGAGCAUCCAUCGAACGAGAGAUCAACUGUGAUUAAAAUGGAAAGACUACUCGGACAAUUGGCGCCACUACGCUCGCUAGGUGAUUUUCGCUAUAAGUGGUCCAAGAAUAUUAUGAAUAAAGUUGUGGUACCGUUUCUCGGUGAAACGGCGAUUCCCCCGAAUUACCAUACGCCGCCCUAUCUAACGGCCAAUCCGGACGUCAGAUACCAUAGACUGACGCCAAAAGACAAAUUUCUUAUAUUGGCCAGUGACGGACUGUGGGACCUGAUUUCUCCGUUGCAAGCGGUGCGCUUGGUAGGGGAGCAUAUGAGUGGCAAGGUUACACUCAAUCCACUGAGAUUACCCCGUAAAAAUAUGAAAUUAUCAGAUAUAAAUGAGAUGUUGCUGCAACGCAAGGAGGGUCUGAAGAUGAAACCCCUUGACAGCAACGCAGCGACGCAUUUACUGAGGAAUGCUUUAGGUGGCACGGAAUAUGGAAUAGACCAUGCCAAAUUGUCGCAAUUGUUAACUCUGCCGAGUGAGGUGGUACGGAUAUUUCGCGACGACAUCACCAUAACGAUCGUUUACUUGGAUUCGGAAUUUCUAAGCCAUUGUCCUCCCUAAAGCUGUCGCGACUUUACUAUUUUUCAAUACUGUAAAUAAAUAAGCGAUAAGCUUACGAUGUCAGAUUGCAUCCGAUGUUGCACUUAAAAAAAAGGAAGAGAUCUAAAUAAGGAGACGAGAGAAAAAAGCUCGUUUCCGAAUAUAACGUAUUUAUACAGAUAUUAUCAAGCGUGUUAUCGUAAGAGGAAUAAGGCAAGCAUAUAUAACUAAAAAUAUUUGUUGAAUUAUAAAUCUGUUUACUUAAUUAUAAGAAAGUUAAAGAAUCUCUCUCAACCUUCUUGACCAAAAUCUUCUUUAAAUUUCUCUAAUUUUGUCAAAUCUUCUUCAUUCACUGUAGGACGGGUCGUUGCUAGCGAUUUCAACAUAUCUUUCUAUAAAAAAAUGGUAUAUAUUACAGAUAUUAAAAAGCACUCUUCUUGUAUACAUAAACGUGUAAAAAGAAAUAGAAACGCAAAUAUUGCCUAUAAGCCUUA